AUGGUAACUCGGAUGUUCAAGGACCAAUUGGGAAAAACCAUGGAAGCUUAUAUAGAUGAUAUGGUAGUCAAGAGUAAGUUCGCUACAGACUAUCUUACAGACUUGAGAGAAUUUUUCGGCAUCUUAAAAAACCAUCAGCUUCGCCUCAAUGCCUUGAAAUGCGCUUUCGGGGUAGGAACAGGGAAGUUCUUGGGAUAUAUGCUUUUGAAGAAAAGGGCAGCAUUUGAAUGGAGUUCCGAGUGCACCGAAGCACUGCAAAGUCUCAAAAAAUACCUCAGUACACCUCCCCUUCUGUCUACUCCAGAGCCAGGAGAGGAGCUGUACCUCUAUCUAGCAGUCUCAGAUCAUGCCGUAAGCGCAGUAUUAAUUCGAGAGGUUAACAAGGAACAGAGGCCUGUAUACUACGUUAGCAAGACUUUACUAGACGCAAUGACACGCCGAGCCGAUUUCUCUGGCAGAACAGCAAAAUGGGGAGUAGAACUUGGCGAGUUUGACAUUCGGUAUCAACCCAGGACAGGAAUUAAGGCCCAGGUCUUAGCAGAUUUCGUCGUAGAAUUUGCUCCCACCCAGAGUAUCGAACAAGGAAAGCCCUGCGUUUCGGAAGCCUGGAAACUCUUCAUCGGAAACAUCUGGCAGCUCUAUGUUGACGGGUCGCCCAAUAACCGAGGUUUGGGGGCAGGAGUAGUACUUAUCUCACCAGAAGGAUUUAUCUGGGAACAGGCUCUCAGGCUUGGUUGGAAGGCUUCGAACAACGAGGCAGAGUACGAAGCGUUGUUGGCUGGCUUACGCAGUGCCGAACACUUCAGUGCAGAACAGCUUCUUGUUUUCAGGGAUUCACAGCUAGUGGUAAACCAGCUUUCUAGGGUUUACGAAACACAGAAUGAAAGAAUGGCCAUGUACGCAGGCAAGGGCAAAGACUUACUCAAAAAGUUUCAAUCUAUACAAGUGGAACGAAUUAGUCAGGACAAAAACGGCCAUGCUGACACUUUGGCUUGUCUCGGCUCAUCAGUGGAUACCAAAGAUGCCAGAAAAGUUUGGGUUGAGUUCAUGCCAGAGCCAAGCAUUGCAUCUCCAGUCCUCUGCAGCAGCAUAGAGCCGAGCUGGAUGGAUCCACUACUUGCUUUUCUAAAAUCUGGUACUCUCCCCCGAAGACAAAAAGGAAGCCAACAAAGUCAGACACAAGUCAGCUCGGUUUUGGAUCUCACCAUCCGGGAAGCUGUACAGACGCUCAUAUCUUGGCCCUUUAUCUUCUAUGUAUGCAUCCAAAUCUGGUCGAGAAUGUUCUCUACGAAAUUCGCGAUGGGAUUUGUGGAUGCCACGUUGGCGGAAGGUCACUGGCGCACCGAGCCCUCACUCACGGGUAUUGGUGGCCACGGAUGCAACAAGAUGCUCAGCAAUACAUACAGAAGUGUGAUAAAUGUCAGAGUCGAGGCAUUGGCAAAUAUCAAAGAGGCAGAUACGAAGCGGUUUGUUAUGAGAAAUGUGGUGGUGCGUUUCGGCAUCCCGCGGGUACUGAUUGCGAAUAAUGGAACACAGUUUGAUGGAAUUAAGGCCCAGGUCUUAGCAGAUUUCGUUGUAGAAUUUGCUCCCACCCAGAGUAUCGAACAAGGAAAGCCCUGCGUUUCGGAAGCCUGGAAACUCUUCAUCGGAAACAUCUGGCAGCUCUAUGUUGACGGGUCGCCCAAUAACCGAGGUUUGGGGGCAGGAGUAGUACUUAUCUCACCAGAAGGAUUUAUCUGGGAACAGGCUCUCAGGCUUGGUUGGAAGGCUUCGAACAACGAGGCAGAGUACGAAGCGACUAACAUAUCUUAA